AUGAGGAAACGGAUCGCACCGUACGCAAAGGGAACGACGGUCGUACACAGUCCAACUCGACUACCAAAGACGGCACCGGUGGCGUGGUGUUCAGUCUGUAAUCGGGUUGCCAUGUUGCCUACACCACGUGUUACAGCGCUAGUUGUAUGGAUAGCUUGCUAUCACUGUCGUGUUAGUUGUUGGGCACAGGAUCCUCGUCGGGAAUGUCGAGCGGGAGCUCACACCGUAGAAAAUCGCUUCCCGGAUUCCGACCCGUCAGCACCCGAUGCCUUUACGGUUACCUUUACCUCCACCGUGUCGGAUGAGCCGAUCGUUCUAGAAGUCAUUCGUGCGUGGAGUCCAAUCGGAGCCGAUCGCUUUUACCAGCUAGUGCUCGACAACUUCUACAAUUGCGCCGCGUUCUUCCGGGUAGUCCCUGAUUUCGUCGUCCAGUUCGGUAUCGCCGCGGAACCAAACGAAACCUCCCAUUGGGAUACGACAAUCCCGGACGAUCCGACUCUGCAGUCCAAUUUGCGAUCCUACGUUUCCUACGCUACCGCUGGACCGGGUACCCGGACCUCCCAAAUGUUCAUCAACCUGGAUGAUAAUGCAGGAUUGGAUGAACAGGGUUUUAGUCCGUUUGGAAGAAUCGUACAAGGUAUGGACGUGGUGUCACGCAUUACGAAUCCAACGCCCGGAUCGACGGACGGGGCGAGUCAAGACGACUACGAGAUUGGUGGCAAUCAAUGGAUUCUGGAAGAGUAUCCCGACAUUGACAUGAUCUUGACCACCAGUCUAGCGGUCCCCGAGACACCGAUUAAUCGACCGACUGAUUCGACUGUACAGAAAGGAGGCCACCUACGGGUUAUUUGGGUCAUUUGUUGCGCCCUUGAAGCUAUGUUCGCGUACAUUGUGCUGCGUCGCACUUAAUGAC